UUGACUUUUAGCACAGCCGACAAUCGCCUUUCAACUUCAACAAUAACCACGGAAAACAGAAGCGAGACCGCUGCAGUGAUCCGCGAGAAAAAAUCCGUUCGAAUGCAAAAGUAUGCAAAUUUCGUGAAGUAGUUGAUUGGCUUAGAAAAUGGCAUCGGCUCUCGAACAUUACGUGAACAAUGUCCGCACUCUUAGUGCAUCUGGCAAAUACAUAGACUUGGUGGUUUAUCUGAAUGAGUCGAUGGAAUUGCUCCCCAAGAACUGGAGCAUCUUGGAUAACGUUCUGGAGACGCUCGACAUCCAGCAACAUUCGUUGGGAGUCCUUUACGUGUUGCUUGCGAAAUUCGCAAAUGUUUCAAAUACGCCGACAGAGUCAGAGAACAUUAUUAGACUUGUGAGGAACUUCAUAAACCUUUGCAAUGGCGAGCAAGUGCGAUUUGCGACGCAAACAUAUUUCGAGCUCUGCCACGCGUUUACGAACUACUUAAUUCAUCAACCCGCCUGUAUUCAAGGCGUCCGGAUUUUAGUACAGGCUGUGGAAAAGAUUCGCCUUUUGGAAUCAGGACUGACCGCUGUUCACGCUGACUUAUGCCAAUUGUGUUUAUAUACGAAGGUGUUUAAUCCUGCGCUGAAGUUUUUAGAUGUAGAUAUCACGUCUAUCGCCACAACAGAGGACGUUAAUCACGAUGCAAAAUAUUUCUUACUAUAUUAUUAUUAUGGUGGCAUGAUAUAUACAGCUGUUAAAAACUACGAUAGGGCAUUAUAUUUUUUUGAAGUAGCGGUUUCAACACCUGCAAUGGCCAUGUCACACAUAAUGCUUGAAGCAUAUAAAAAAUUCAUUCUGGUCUCGUUAAUAAUAAAUGGAAAGAUUUCAACACUACCAAAAUAUUCAUCGCAAGUUAUCUCACGGUUUAUGAGACCACUAAGUCAGGCCUACCAUGAAUUAGCAACAGCUUACGCUACUUCAUCCAGUGAUGAAGUUCGAAAUAUAAUUAAUAAAUUUAGAGACAUUUUUGUUAGGGAUGUUAAUAUGGGACUUGUGAAACUGGUCGCCGCUUCAUUGUACAAGAAAAAUAUCCAACGACUUACAAAAACUUUUUUAACAUUGUCUUUAGCUGAUGUAGCAAGUAGAGUUCAAUUAUCCGGUCCAGCGGAAGCUGAAAAAUAUAUUCUAAACAUGAUUAAAUCAGGUGAAAUUUACGCGUCAAUAAAUCAAAAAGAUGGAAUGGUAGUGUUUAAAGAUGAUCCAGAGAAAUAUGAUUCACCCGAAAUGUUCCUUAAAGUGCAAGAAGAUAUGGCGCGUGUUAUGGAAUUAAAUAAGCAAAUCAAUAAAAUGGAGGAGGAGAAAAUGUUGAAUCCAUUGUUUGUGAAAAAAACACUUGGCAAUCAGGACGACGAUCACAGUUGCGGGCAACAUUCAAAAAGUUGUUUAAGUGAUCCUUUGGAUUAAUGAAGGCUCAAAUAUCCUCUACGUACUCAAAUUAUCGCUCCUAUCAGUUUCUUUGGUUAUCGUAUCAUUGCUGACAUUGCAAUUAUCAGUUUAUAUGCUCCUAAUAUUUUUCAAAUGCGUAAUUUUAUUCAGGAAAGAUGAAAAACAACAGAACGAAACAGAAAUGGAAUAUGUAUAUGUAAAAAAGUAAAUAUUUAAACGCGCAAUACGAGCCAUCAGAAGCCAGUUCAUAAUUUUUCAGUUAUUUAUGCAUAAAGCACAUUCAUGCGUACCCACAGACACAACUUGAUCCUUCAUGUGAGAAUUGAAUAUCUUUUAAUAAAAAAUGUUAAUUUAUGCAUUUAUUGGA